AUGUCAGUGAAUGCGUCCAUUGAAGACAACCUUACCACCCCUCUUUACAAUGAGUCCUCUACUGUUUUGGCUUAUGACUACAACACUAUAUAUUCGACCUUCUGUCCUGGGGCGGUGAAAGUCGACAAAUAUGUCACCCCAUAUACAUAUGUCAUAGGAUUUCCUGGAAACUUAUUUUCUCUCAUCAUUUGGCUUCAACGACGCAUGCGGAACUCCUCUGGAUAUUACCUUGCUGCACUGGCACUUGUGGAUCUUUUGUUUUUGUCACUGCAAGUGAUAUAUGAACUCAAUGAAAAGUGGGAGGUAAAGUGUCUGGAUUUACCAUUUGUUUGUGAAUUUUACCCAAUUAUUUUCUUGACCUCUCAGUAUCUCUCUCCGAUCCUCGUGUUGUCUUUUACUAUUGAGAGAUACAUAAGUAUUUGUCACCCUUUUAAAAGGGAAGCGUGGUGCACAACAAAAAAUGCAAAAAUUGUAAUUAUUUCUACAACCCUUGGUUGUUUAUGCAUUAAUAGCAUUCAAGGCUUCUUUUGGUCUUAUGACUCAGACAACAAAACUUGCCUUCUUCGUCAUUCAGUGAUUGAAAACGGCACUAAAUCAUUCUGGGCAAUAUGGACCUGGUGUGUGGAAGCGUUUGUGUUUCUGGUGGUCCCGUUGUGCAUUCUAUCUUUUAACAUUCUUGUUAUAAAAGAAGCACAAAGACUUUCAAAAUUUGAAAAGAAUACUUUACAUACCCGCACUCAUCGAAAUUCUGCAACGACAGUUAUGUUAUUGGCGGUUUCGUUUUACCAAAUAUUUACAACACUUCCCGUGACAAUCGUUGUAACUUUGUACUAUACUUUUCCCCCAGGUGAUGUUAGUAUUUUACCAACCAUAACCGAUACAUGGAAGGUCCAUUUUCAAUAUUACUGGGCAAAAACCAUAAUUGAAGAAUUAGGUUUAACUCAUUACGCAGGAAACUUUUAUAUUUAUCUUUUAACUGGUAAAGUUUUCAGAAAAGAGUUCAAAAAGCUCAUGCGGCCAUUGAUUGGUGGUCUGAAACUUAACCUUACAAAUACAUUAAAGUAUGAAUAUUCAACUGUCCGAAACGGGGGUGCAAAGCAGAGAAAGGAAGUUACAGAGAACAUGUGCAAUGGAAAUGAAAAUGGACGUCCCACGGAAAGUUCCGAAAGCGAUCCAGUUCUGAGCUUAUCAGAAACACACCUUUGA